AGCGCGCCAGUCGCAUACCUAACUGACCUCUGUCGGUCUUGCUGUAGCUGCUUCCUUCGACUUCUUGCAGACGAUCCCUGUGAUCGAGAGCUGUCGUAAAUUUCAGCACGAAAAUGGCCUGCUCGGCAGUUCGAGCUCCUCUUCUGCGUAAUACAGCGGUAAGGCACUAUGCAGCUGCUGCUGCUACGCAAUGUGCGCCUGCUUUAACUCCGGAUAUCCAAAUCGUCGGCAACAAGAUCACUGUUGCCACAGUUGAUACUGAAAGCCCUGUUGCCCAAGUGUCCAUUGUAUUCAAGGCCGGAUCACGAAAUGAAACCUACGAAACUCAGGGCACAUCUCACAUGCUCCGUUUGGCUGCAGGAUUAUCAACACAUCGUUCUACUGCAUUUGGUAUUACGAGAAACAUUCAGCAGAUUGGGGGAAAUCUUACUGCUGUAGCUGAUCGUGAAAGCAUUGCCUAUACUCUCCAGUGCACUCGUGAUAAACUGUCACUUGGACUAAAGUUUUUGGAAGAAGUGACUAUACGCCAGGCAUUUAAGCCAUGGGAAUUGAAUGACCAGAUCCCAAGACUACGCUAUGAGCUUUCCACAAUUCCAGAAACAACUCGUGUACUUGAGCUCUUGCACAAAGCUGCUUACCGCAAAGGGCUUGGGUAUUCACUUUACUCUCCCAAGCAACGCAUCGGGAAAAUAAGCCCUGAGACUCUUCAACAUUUCGUUAAUACCUGGUUCACUGGCCCAAGAUGUGCGAUCGUGGCAACUGGCGUUGAACAAGAUGAACUAAGCGAGUUUGCUUCCGAACUUGAAAUUGGUUCUAGUGAUGCUGGUGGAACAGCUGCUCAGUAUUUUGGUGGUGAACUUCGUAAGGAACGUUCUUCCCAACUUGCCAGUGUUGCGGUAGCUGUUGAGGGCACGGGAUUAAAUAAGGAAAAGGAUGCCAUUGUCUAUGCCAUAUUGCAACGAGCUGCUGGAACCGGACCCCAUGUUAAAUGGGGAUCGUCUGUCGCCCCUCUCCAAAAAAUCGUUGGGUCCGCAGCAGGCGGUGAUCCAUUUGCUGUAUCCGCACUAAAUGCAAGCUAUUCUGACUCUGGAUUAUUUGGAUUCAUCUUAACUGCUCCUGGAAGCGUAGCGGGAAAUCUUACUAAAGCAGCCACCAAAUGGUUGCGGAAUCCGUCAUUGACGGAUGCAGACAUUGCCCGUGGUAAGGUAGACCUCAAAGCUGCGGUUCUUUUUGCUGGUGACAACCCUUCUGCCAGGCAUGAAGGACUCGUACAGCAAGCGUUACUCAAGGGGACUGCACUUUCCACCAGUGCUAUUGCCGCCGAGAUUGACAAAAUCACCGUUGCUGAUGUCAAAAACGCCGCCAACAAACUUGGUAAGGGUAAUCUGACAUUGGCUGCAAUUGGCGAUCUUAGCACUGUUCCAUACAUCAACGAAUUACAAUAGAACCAGCCAAUCGUUUAGUAUUAAUUAACAAUGAACAUCCAUCUAUUUAUCACAAGCCACGCGCAAGUUGCUUCACCAUUGAUUAUAAAUCAGCGAUUACCGUGGUAUUACAAUUCUUGUAAUUGUGUAUAUAAUAUAUAAAAUAAAAUAAAUGAAAAGCGAA